AUGGCUCGGACUACGUCUUCCGCGUACGCUCCCAAGCGGAUCAUCCUCUGCUUCGACGGAACAUGGCAGACGGCCGUGUCCGGGCAGCAGAACUCCCCCUCCAACAUCACGCGCCUGUGCCGGGCCAUCAAGCCCGUCGCCCACAUCGACGGCCAGGACUGGCAGCAAGUGGUCUGGUACGACUCCGGGGUGGGCACCACCUCGCUGGCCGUCAGCAAGAUGCUGGAGGGCGCCGUGGGCGACGGGCUGGACGGCAACAUCGUCGAGGCCUACAACUUCGUCGCGAUGAACUGGAACCGCGGCGACAAGAUCCUGUGCUUUGGCUUCUCGCGCGGCGCGUACACGGCCCGCGCGGUCGCCGGACUCAUCGCCGACGCCGGCAUCUGCGAGCCGCACAAGCUGCACCGCUUCCCGGACCUGUGGAAGCAGUACAAGAACCUGAAGCGGAAGGGGGUCUUCUACAACAGCGACGACUACUUCCAAUUCGUGGACGGGAGGGCCUGCGAGCAACACCGGAAGCAUCCCGGUGCCGCCACCGGGUUGGCCUGGGAGAUGCAUCCUAAUGAACGCUGGGCGCAGACGGAUUCGCGGGGGGUGGAGGUCGUGGCCGUGUAUGACACCGUCCAGGCGCUGGGGAUUCCCGAGGUGGCGGGAGUCCAGCUGCCCGCGAACCUGAUGUGGUGGAAGGACCCCCCCGGAUGGCACAACGUGACCCUCUCGCGGCAUAUCAAGCAUGCAUUCCAGGCGCUGGCCCUCGAUGAGUACCGCAAGGCCUUUUACCCCGAGGUCUGGUGCUUACCCUCGGAUCAUCCCGACGCUUCAAUCCCGGAAGUCCGAGCGAGACUUGCCAAGGAAGUCGACGAGAAGAAGGCUAUCCUGAACAAGGCCGGAGCUUUCAGAAGAGACUUGGUCAAGAAGGCGGAGAAGCACGGCCAGCUGUAUCCGACGGACUACGAGACCCUGGAUCAGCUGGCCAAUAAAAUCAACAUAGCCAGCAAAGCAGUCUGGGACGCCCGACGCGACCUGGUCAUCAGCGACGACAACCUCAAUCUGGGCACGCCGCAGCUCACGCAGGUGUGGUUCCCCGGCUACCACAUCAACAUCGGCGGCGGCUCGAGCGACACGUUGAACAAUUACGGCGACAUGGAGGAGAUGUCGAACAUCGUCUUCGCCUGGAUGCUGGACCAGAUCGCGCCAUUUGUGGGCAUCCGCGAACAGACCAUCAAGGAUCAUUACACGGACCGGCAGGCGACGAUUGCGACCUUGAAUGCGGCCCUGGAGAAGCAGAAGGAGAUGGCCAAGACCGAGUCCUGGGGGGAGUACCUGGGUCGCGGGGCGAGGCGGCUUGGGUCCGCCGUCAUGCACCCCCUCACCCCGGCCCCGUGCACCGAAACGCGCCUCUAUACCUGGGGACUGGGCGACAUGCCCGACAGCUUCUCCAACAUGUAUAUCCCCAAUGGCAAGAAGCCGCGCGCGCCCAGUGCUAACAUGUACCGCGACGAGAAAAAGAAGACAGGUGUCCUCGGGGCUACCUGCGCCUACAUCCACCCGGUCGUGAACUACCGCGUGCAGCACAAGAAGGACUACUUGCCCAUGGGCCUGACACAGGAGCAGUACAGCCGCCAAUUGGUGGGGCAGGAGUAUGUCUACAGUCUCAAGGGAGAGGAGUUGCCGGAGUGGAGUCUGGGAGGAAAGGGUUCCUAUGAAUUGUUGGCUCUCCAGCAGCAUGAGGAUGCAAUCGGGUAUAUGGCCCAGCAGAACCACCCGGGGGCGCAGUUGCUUUGGGCUAAAGUGCAAGCGGAGCGAAAGGCUGAGGCCAAUGGUGCUUAGUAUACAGGCUACGAAUAUGUGAAAGAGGAGGGGCAAGGGGAGUACAAAGAUUCCGCCUCAGGCUCAAAGUAUUUUCCGUGGGUGUGUUGUCGCGGGAUGUACUCCCAACCAAACGCUGCGUCGAGAGCCCCGCGACUGUUGUUUUGCGCAGAAGGCAUUGGACUUUGAUUUUUAGCUGUUGAACCUUUUGAACAUUUCUGGAAUCGCAGGAGUUGGGGUGGGACUGGUGGAUCACGGGAUGUAUAUAGGUUUUGGUCGUAUAAGCAAUACAUAUGCUCUGUCACGUU